AUGUGCGCGGCGGGGAGGCGGCGGGGCCGGUGGGAGCGAGCCCUGCUGUGGUGCGUGCUGGCGGCGGCGUGGGAGGCGGCGUGGGGGCAGCUGCGCUACUCGAUUCCCGAGGAGGUGCCGAAGGGCUCGUUCGUGGGCGACGUGGGCAAGGACCUGGGGCUGGAGCUGCCGGCGCUCCGACACCGCGGCGUCCGCAUCCUGGACAGAGGUAGGACGCAGUAUUUCGCUCUGCACGGGAAGACGGGACAUUUAGUGGCGGCGGAGAGGAUAGACAGAGAGCAGCUGUGCCGGCUGGUGGAGAAAUGCAUUCUGCGCUGUGAGGUGAUAGUGGAGGGGGAAAUGCAAGUUUACGGAAUCGAAGUGGAGAUCACGGACAUAAACGACAACGCGCCCAGCUUCCGAGAGGCAGAAAUGGAGCUGCGAUUGAGCGAGACGACAGCCCCGGGGUCGCGGUUUCCUGUUGCCGAGGCUCACGACCCCGACGCGGGACCGAAUGGCGUGCAGAGGUACGAGCUGAGCGGCGACGAGCACUUCUCGCUGGCCGUGCAGGCGGGCCCCGGCGGGGAUGAGCGUCCCGAGCUGGUGCUGGCGAAGGCGCUGGACCGGGAGGCGGCGGCGUUUCACGAGCUGGUGCUGAGGGCGAGCGACGGCGGAGAGCCGGCGCGGACGGGCACGGCGCGGAUCCGCGUGGCGGUGCUGGACGCGAACGACAACGCGCCCGCCUUCAGCCAGGCGGAGUACACGGUGCGCGUGCCGGAAGACGUGCCCGUGGGCUCCGCCCUCGUCACCCUCACGGCCACCGAUGCCGACGAGGGGACGAACGGGCACGUGAAAUACUCGUUCAAGAGAAUCACAGACAAAGCCUCGCAGAUUUUCGAGCUGAACAGUGCGACGGGAGCGAUCACACCGGUGCGGAGCCUGGACUUUGAGGAAGGUGGUUCGUACGAAAUGGAGGUGCAGGCACGAGACGGCGGGGGCCUUUCCGACACGGCGAAAGUCGUGAUCACGGUGACAGACGUGAACGACAACGCGCCUGAACUGACUGUGUCGUCAGCGCUGCGCGAGAUCUCUGAGGACGCGCCGUCGGGGACGGUGGUGGCCCUGGUGCACGUGCAGGACCGGGACUCGGGGCCGAACGGGGAGGUGCGGUGCUCGGUGGACGGGGGCGUCCCGUUCCGCCUGGAGAGAUCGUUUGAUAAUUACUACAGCGUGGUGACGGCGAGAGAGCUGGACCGCGAGGAGGUGUCGGAGUACAACGUGACGGUGCGGGCGGCGGACGGCGGGUCGCCGGCGCUGUGGAGCAGCGCGGUGCUGGCGCUGCGGGUGCUGGACGUGAACGACAACGCGCCGGUGUUCGCGGAGGCGCGCUACAGCGCCCGGCUGCCCGAGAACAACGCGGCGGGCGCGCUGGUGCUGACGGUGCGGGCGACGGACGCGGACUGGGGGCAGAACGCGCGCGUGCGGUACCGGCUGUCGGAGGGGCGGGUGCGGGGCGCGCCGCUGUCGUCGUACGUGUCGGUGCAGGCGGAGACGGGCGCGCUGUACGCGCUGCGCCCGUUCGACUACGAGGAGGUGCGCGAGGUGGGGCUGUGGGUGCGGGCGGAGGACGGCGGCGCGCCGCCGCUGAGCAGCAACGUGUCGGUGCGGCUCGUGAUCGUGGACGAGAACGACAACGCGCCGCAGGUGCUGUACCCGCCGGCGGCGGCGGCGCCGGGCGCGGGCUGGGCGGGCGUGGAGCUGGCGCCGCGCUCGGCCGAGCCCGGGGCGCUGGUGGCCAAGGUGGUGGCGGUGGACGCGGACGCGGGGCAGAACGCGUGGCUGUCGUACGAGCUGGCCAAGGCGACGGAGCCGGGGCUGUUCCGCGUGGGGCUGCACAGCGGCGAGGUGCGGACGGCGCGCUUCCCGCUGGCCCGCGACGCGGCGCGGCAGAGCCUGGUGGUGGUGGUGAAGGACCACGGGCGGCCGGCACUGUCGGCCACGGCCACGCUGACGGUGGUGCUGGCCGAGAGCGUGGCCGAGCUGCUGUCGGAGCUGGGCAGCGCGGCGGCGGCGGCGGAGGCGGCGGGGGAGCCGGCCGGCAGCCUGACGCGGUGGCUGGUGGUGGCCGUGGCGGCCGUGUCCUGCCUCUUCCUCGCCUUCCUGCUGCUGCUGCUGGCGCUGCGCCUGCGGCGCUGGCGCCGCUCGCAGCUGCUGGCGGCGGGCAGCGGCGCCUUGCGCGGCGUGCCGGCCUCGCACUUCGUGGGCAUCGACGGCGUCCGCGCCUUCCUGCACUCCUACUCGCACGAGGUGUCGCUCACCGCCGACUCGCGCAAGAGCCAGCUCCGCUUGUCGGGCGGCAGCUGCUGCGACACCCUCCCGGCCCGGCCGCCGCCCGACGAGCCCGCGCCGCUGCUCGGGGAGGACGCUGCCGGCGCCCGCCUCGCGGACCCCGCCCCUGCCCCGGUGAGUUCCUAUAGCGAGACUUCCUCUGCCACGCUUCCCUCUGCUGCUUCUCUGCCCUACCCCCUCGUGCUCUGUGUCCUGGGUAGGGAGGUUUCCUUACAAGGAAGGCAACGCUUCGGCCAGCGCCGCGCCGUGUGCUGGUGCCUCUUGCUGCCGGGAGGGAAACGCCGUGCGAUUGUGGCUCAGCGUUGCCGUUGUUGUGGGAGGCAGGAGAAUUGAGGCUCCUGUUGGCUGGCCUGCGUUUAGAGCGGAUAUUUGUGUCACAUCGUUACAGUGUCACACGGUGUUCCCUGACCCAGUCUGUCUUGGAGGACCGCUCCUCAUUUACUUUUAGAGCCUUGCUGUUUCUCCUCUGAAGUGUAGUGAGCACACAAGUGAUUCUUCCUUCUCAGUACAGAGUGGUAAAGGUCACAGAAUCACAGAACGUUAGGGGUUGGAGGUGAAUAUGAGUGGAUCUCACGGAAUGGUAUCGCAGAAUGCUAGGGUUUGGAAGAGACCUCUGGAGAUCAUCUUGUCCAUCGUCCCUGCUUGAGCAGGGACACCUCUGUGUGAAGUCCAUGCUGUGAUCCUGGUGCCUUGUAUGGAGAAAUGAUCUGGGCCACUGAACCUUUGAUGUCAUGUUGUUGCAAAUUAUGAGGGUCAAAGAACACGGAGCAAGUUGUGUGAUGGUGGAGAGGAGAGUCGUGGGAACUUAAGACCAUUAGUAGAAUGCGCUGUUGAAGGACAUGAGAGGGGUGGUUUGCUCCUUUCCCUGUUCAGUGCCUAGCUGUAGGUUAAUGCAAUGUGAAUUUCUUCUUCCCGAGUAAGUUUGGCCUAAGACACUGGGAGCCCUGGGAGGUGCUUCCCGUGUGCUUGCAUGUUGUCAUCGAUUCUUAACUAACAGCUUAAAUCUGUACUUAUGAUAAAAGCAUAACUGGAUCUUUGGAGGUGCCAACUGAUUAUUCAUUCCCCACUAAGUUUCUUUGUUUUGUGCCUACUCUCUAAGUGCCCUAAUCUAGAAGUGCAUGUGUAAAUUAGAAAGAUGCAAGUU